CCAAUUACUCCAACCAAUUAAAAAUUUAACCUAAAUAAUUUUAACCAUGGUUAAUUUUAACCCUAAUUCCCCUUCCUUAACCAUGGUCCAUUUCUUGCAGUUAGGAGUUUAGAAAUGAAAUUCCCGUCUUCCCCCUCAAAACUCUUCCUCUCUCUUUACAAUCUCAUGAUUUGUUUCAACUAGGGAAAUCAAAAGAAGGCUUGGCUUGUUUCUUCUUCCGCUUUUUUUUUUUUUUUUUGUGAAAUCAAAAGAGGGAAUUUUUUUUUAUUUAUUUUGUGGUUUGGACAGUGCCCUGUGAUUUUUCAACGCUCUUCUGCUGAUCCCAAAUUUGCUUUUCCAUGUAAACUGAUGAAAAUUGAAGUGGGUAUGGGAGGUGGGGCUUGGAACGAUGAAGAUAAGGCUAUGGUUGCUGCUGUUUUAGGAACAAGAGCAUUUGACUACUUGAUAUCAAGCUCAGUUUCAAAUGAGAAUCUUUUAAUGACUGUAAAUAGUGAUGAAAAUCUUCAAAACAAGCUCUCAGAUCUUGUGGACCGACCCAACGCUUCUAAUUUUAGCUGGAACUAUGCCAUUUUUUGGCAAAUUUCAAGGUCCAAGUCCAGUGAUUGGGUCCUUGGUUGGGGGGAUGGGUGUUGUAGAGAGCCAAAAGAAGGAGAAGAAUCUGAAGUUACUCGGAUUCUCAAUCUGCGGCUGGAAGAUGAGACUCAGCAGAAGAUGAGGAAAAGGGUUCUGCAGAAGUUGCAUACUUUGUUUGGUGGAUCAGAUGAGGACAAUUAUGCUCUUGGAUUGGACAGAGUUACUGAUACUGAGAUGUUCUUUUUGGCAUCCAUGUAUUUUUCUUUUCUGCGAGGAGAAGGCGGUCCAGGGAAGUGUUUUUCAUCCAGGAAGCAUGUUUGGAUCUCGGAUGCAUUGAAAUCAGGUUUGGAUUAUUGUGUUAGAUCAUUUUUGACAAAGUCAGCUGGAGUUCAGACUGUUGUUUUGAUCCCUACUGAUGUUGGUGUUGUUGAAUUGGGGUCAGUGAGAUCUGUUCCUGAAAGCUUGGAGUUGUUGCAAUCAAUAAGAAGCUCAUUCUCAUCGAAUUCAGCAUUGCUUAGGGCAAAGCAAAUGGCAGUAGCAAUACCAGUGGUGAAUGAGAAGAAAGAUGAAAAUAUAGAUUUCUUGAAUUUGAAGAUUGCAGAGAGAGUGGAAGGCAUUUCAAAGAUAUUUGGGCAGGAUCUGAAGAACACUUCACAUGAUCAUUCCAAUUAUCGAGAGAAACUUGCUGUUAGAAAGAUGGAAGAUAGAACAACAUGGGGGGCUUAUGCUAAUGGUGGUAGGCUUUCAUUUUCAAGUAAUCAAAAUGGUAUCCAUGGUUUAGGUUGGUCGCAUGUUCAUGGUUUGAUACAAGGAAGUCCAACAGAAUUUUAUGGUUCUCAAAACGCAGCAAAUAAUUUUCAGGACCUUGUUAAUGGGGCUGGGGAAGAGUUUUUACUUGAGAACUAUCAGUCACAAAAGCCAGUCCAAAUGCAGAUUGAUUUUUCAGGGGCUACUUCAAGGCCUUCUUCUAUUACUCAGCCAUUAAGUGUGGAAUCUGAGCACUCAGAUGUUGAAGCUUCAUGCAAGGAAGAGAAGCCGAGUGCAGCUGAUGAAAGAAGGCCCCGAAAAAGGGGUAGAAAGCCUGCUAAUGGUAGAGAAGAACCUCUUAAUCAUGUUGAAGCUGAGAGGCAGCGGCGUGAGAAGCUGAAUCAGCGGUUCUGCGCAUUACGAGCUGUGGUGCCCAACAUAUCAAAGAUGGACAAAGCUUCGUUGUUAGGAGAUGCAAUUGCUUACAUCAAUGAGCUUCAGGCAAAGCUUAAGGUCAUGGAAUCGGAAAGCGAGAAGUUUGGUAGUACUUCAAGAGAUUCAGCAGGGUUGGAUCCUAAUCCAAAUGUGGAGAAUCAUAACCGAGCUCCUGAUAUCGAUGUUCAAGCUGCUCAUGAUGAGGUUGUCGUAAGGUUAAGCUGUCCCUUAGAUACGCAUCCUGCAUCAAGAUUAAUCCAAACAUUUAAAGAAGCACAGAUUGAUGUUGUCGAGUCAAAACUUGUUACAGCGGAUGAUACUGUGUUUCAUACAUUUGUUAUCAAGUCUCAAGGAUCCGAGCAGCUAACAAGGGAAAAGUUGGUUGCAGCAUUUUCGCCCGGAUCAAAUCCCUGACGGUCAUUAUCAUCUCUUGGAUAGCACACAAUUGCAUUUAACAUAGCAAAAUUAUAGUGAAGAAUUUGAUUGGAAGCUUCUUCAAAGGUUUUUUUUUUUUGGUUACAUGGGAGGUCGUAGUGUGAGGAAAAGAGAAGAGAUUGUAGGUGUUUUGAUAUUCGAAUCCCAGACUGGUUAGAUGUUACCUUUACGGGUGGUUACAUGAUCCAAUUGAAUUAAUCUCAGAGUUUUUGUUCAGAGAUUUUUUAUAUACAUGAAGUGAUCCUUAAAAGAGCAGAAGUGCCUUGUAGGAGUAGAUAUAACUACUACUAAUUGACCAACUAGGGCAGCAAAUUUUCUAUGAUUGUUUAUAUUAUACAUAUACUGUCAUGAUGAGGUAUUUUUGCAAGAUGAAUUAAAUUUGUAAGUUUAACUAAUUAUGCUAUUGUUUUUUUUUUUAAAUUUCAGAUUGUCAAAUUUAACCUUUAGUAACUGAAUUGAGAGUACAAUAUUUUAUUUACAGAUCAUGCCGUUGAUGGCCAAUUAUGCUAAUGUUGGUUGUUUAGAAAUGAGUUUUUUUUUUUUGG